GGGUUUUAUAACCGUGGAGUUUUAUUCUCAAACAUAUAACCGGAAGUGUUUUUUUCGCAUGCGUAACUUGACGCUGGUUCCUAAUAAAAUAGUCUCCGGUUCUCCUCGGUGUUUUGCUGAAAUGCCGGUUGGCUUCAAAGUUACAGUGCUAAAGACUCGCGGCACGGUGCUGACCUUCACAGAAUGUAUUUAAACCUGCGUUGAAGGACCGAAAAGCGGCACACUUAAAUGUUUUGCCUUUCGGACCCUGGGGAUUUCGAAUUGUCAGCAGCGCAUUGCAACGGAAUGAGAGCUAAAUACAGUGGAAGUCGGACAUAGACCGGGAACAACGGAAUGAGGAGAAGCCGGCUGCCGCCCGUAGUGCUGCACGCCAGCAUGACCUACUUACCACAAAGCUUAACGGACGUGUCUGGGACAUCUCGGCGGCUGUAUGGAUACAUUGGACAGUAACUGACGAGUUGUUCAACCAUAUAAUGCUGUUAAAUUUGCUGCUUCAGAACUCUCCACAAGCCACGUAAGUCAAAUGUGCAGGCAAAACCAUCUACGCAUAAUGAUCUAUGCAACGGAAGGGAACCAAAUAUAAUGCAUGCCGGAUGUUUGUUCUGGCUUUUACAACGCUGGUGGUUUUCCAAAAGGAAAAAUGAACCAAGCAGUUGGCCAAAGUAUUCUGGAUACUACACUCUGCCCUGCCAUCUUCGCUCUGUAUACACCAGCUCUGCUCUUUUGAUUGGCCCACAGCUGUCUGAGCCCACUUUAGGGCCGGGAUCGAAGGUCCAAAGAAGAGCAGGACAGAAAGGUCUUUUUGAGCCUGCGGAUGCCUUAUGUAGAUAAGUACUCAUUAGCUCAUUAGCUGGAGACUGCAUUAGCUGGAGACUGAAUGGUAAUCACUUACUAUGCUGUGAUUAGAGAAGAAAUCUCCAGCAAUAAACGCUCUAGUACUGUUUGAAAAGACUGAUUCAAAAUACAUUUGACUGUCAAUAAACAAAACAUUAUGCUUCUGAACUUUGGCCAACCGUUACCUCUUCUGAGGCAUACGGAUGUGCCACCGCGUGUCUUAGAAAACUACAUCCUGACUGGCUACCGGUUCCCAAACUACAGCCUGAGGGAUUGCUUACUAUCGGCAAUCAGGCCCACCAAUGAAACAGGCAACUUCUGGACACACUUCCUCCCACUUUUUAUUUUUUUGUACUACUUUAUGGAGGUGUUUGGUUGGGAAGGUGCGCCACAUGGUGCUUCCCCAUUCUUCUAUCCAUUAUGGAACUACUUCAUCGGGGUGUUCUGUCUGUUAAUGGCUAGCAGCAUGGCCCAUCUGCUGAACUCAAUGUCUUUGGUGGUAAGAGAAGUCUGCUUCUUUGUGGAUUACGGCACUAUCAGUUCUUACACCGUUGGUUCAUCGUUGGCAUACUACUACUACAUCCACCCUCGGGCAGGAAUAAAAGAUUCAGGAGGCCAAAAUGGCUCCCAAAUGGACAUGAAAAUUGAACCUGCAAGAUCUCUUAAAUCAUUUUAUGUAAUCCCAGAUUUCGGUGUGUUAUUUGAGACCUUGUACAUUCCGACCGCAUGCGUUGUAGCAAUCCUUUGCGUCUUAUCUUGCUGCAACACUCGGCACAGAUGGAGGCGUCAUCGAUAUGUCAUCCGAACAUUUGUUUUUCUCUUCCCGUUCCUCAUUUCCUCCACGCCAGUCUUCUAUCGCCUCCUUACCAGAUCCCCUUACUCUACCACCUCCUCCUCUUUUGAAAUUUCCACCUCCACAGCCGGCUUCUUCUAUCGCCACUGCCUCUGGCUGCUGGUGUCGGCCGUCUUCAAUAUCAGCAAGUUCCCCGAGAGGCUAUCUCCAGGCAGUUUCGACAUCUGGGGGCACAGCCACCAGUGGUUCCACUGUUGCACAUUUUUGUCAAUCCUCGACGAACUUCACAUGAUCAAAACCGAGGUGAGGGCUAUCCUGCUCAGCCAGACUCUGCUCCUGCCACCUGCUAUCCUCUCCCGCCUACCAGGACCUACCAUAGCUUCAACCUAUGGGGUAAUGCUACUCCUCCAGACCACCAUCGUCUCCAUCAUCGUGUGCUUCUCCUGGCAUGCUAACAGCAUUUACGGACCUGAGAGAGACCAGCUUGCAAAGGAACACUCCAAGAAGCCCCUAAAAUGCCACUGAUCACAAAGACUUCCAUUUUUCUUUUAGAAUACCAACUGUGAAGGAUGAUUUGCAAACGCACAGCCAUGCCACAAAGUAAUAGUAAUAUUUCCCUCAUAAUUUCCUGCAUAUGUUGCAAUCUCUUCAAUAGCUUGAUUUCAAGCUUUUAUGAGCAUACAUCUGGGAUGAGAUGAAGGGAUUAUACUCUGAGCUGACCAUAGGGUGGCUGUCUGGUUGAGGGGAUAUUGAUAGACCCAGGAUGUCUGAGCAGUGGAGAUAAUAAUUACUUUCCAAGGCCCGUACACUUGAGGACAUUAAAAGGGUGUUACGUGUGUAAAAGUAAAUUUAAAAAAGAAAAUUUAGCUAAUAUGGCUUGAAUGUAAACGUGAGCAUUUAUAGAAGUUGAUAUCUGAUCAAAUAUUUCCUACUUCUCCACUUCCCCUUUCUCUACUGACCUUACUCUUGAAUGCCCCCCCCCCCCUGAAAUGACUUCCCCUAUCUAUAUAUUUUAAAGAACAAAAACAAAUCUCCGCCCCUCACCCCAUUCCCUGUCAGCUGAACCGUUCGCCCAACUACUACUACUACUACUACUCCCCCCGUCUGCCGAACUGUUCACCUGACUACAACCCCCCUGAAGUCGUAAACCAUGGGGAAACACUGCCUUCUAUUGCUCUUGACGCUCACGCGUUUCAUUUCCUCUUUCCAAGGAAGGGAGGAAGUGUGUUGGCCUGCCUUGAUACUGCAACAGAAAUAGCUCAGAGCUCAUAUCACUUGUACAGUAAAGCCUUGUACCUUUUGAAUUUCGUUGGGUUAGUUCCUCAUAAAAUGUGUUAUCACAGUUUAAAUUCUCUAGUUCAGAUAACAUGUCAUCAAAAUCUCAUGUUUGCUAAUCAGUAUAAAAAGCAUACAGGACCUACGGGUGUAUGGUUUGGAACACAUAACAGUUCCAGUUUGAAGGCCUGCUUUGUGAUAGAUCAAAAAGAUUAAUGAAAGGGCUACGAAAGCCAAUGUUUUGCUAUAUGUCGUGUGAUGUAGAACAACCUCUUCAAGCUAAAGCCAUACUUUGGAAAGCAGGUAUUUCAAAUAAGUGAUAUUGUACUGUUGUACUACAGUAGGGGGGACUCCGUUUUUGACAGAGGCCAGUGGGAAUACCCUUCAAUGGUAGGGAAAGCACUGAUAUAUUUUAUAGAAUUUUGCCACCAGACAGUUUCUUUUUUGUGUCGUACAUAGCCAUGUUUGGGUUUGGUAGUUUUAAAUUCAAAUGAUUUUUCUCCCUGAGCGCAUUUCAAUAACAAUACGAUAAACUAGUUUUGUACAAGAAACAAGAAAGUGCAAUUUCAUCAAAUAAGCCGAUUUAGCAAGUGUUGCUUUUUAAUGUAGUUAAAUAUGUUCCUUUUUGUAAGCACGGAUCGCCAAUUAGCACUACCAAGUUUUCAGCUAGCUCCCACGGUCGACCGCAUGCAUGGUGACCCGAUUUGAUUUUUUUUCUUUUUUCAAUAGCUCGGCAAUCAACUGGUCGAUCGCGAUCGAAAGAUUGGUCACCACUGGUCUAAACCAUACUUGUUUCCAUGUUUCCAAUGAAAUGCGUUACUGGCUGAUCAAAACAAAAUCAACCUGAACAAGACACUUAGUGCUGCUGUAUACCCGAGCCAGACCUCUCUGAUGAGGGAAGAGGAAUGGAUUUCUAUAGAGAAUUAGAUAUUCCUCUCUUUAGUUAGUUAAUUUACACACUGAUUUCUCUGUUUCUUUCCGUGUCUUUUUUUGUUUCUGUCAUGUCAAACUGUCUGUCUCUAAAUGAGUUGCAUCUUCAACUUUAACUCACAUAUUGCAUUGAUACGUUGAACUCAUGUUGGUCAAUGUCAGAUAUGUAAAAUUUUCCAAUUACCACUGUAUUAGUUCUACUUGUUUCUGCACAAUAACUUGUUUUUAAAUUAAAUUGUUUGAGAGAUUAGACCUGCGUUUUUUAUGACACCAGCAUUUGUGCAAAAGGAUCAGAUUUUGGAGGGGUUGUCAAAAUCAUGCUGUUGUGGUGCACUAAACUUUUUUCAAAGCUACUCAAAAUGUUUUAGGGAGCCUUGCAGUAGUGUAUUACAUCAAAACGUUUCAGGUGUAAGUUGUGCUAAUGAAUGGCCCAAAUCAUUGGAGGACAAUGCAUGCACUUUUGUUAUAUCUCAAUGGAGCUAUGGCAUUGAGAAGAAACACCGUUGAGUUAUGGAUCUCGUCCUGUCCUCCGUUUAAAUGCCAGACAUGAAUAUAUUAAUAUUAAGGAUGUGUAUAUCAAUGUUAAAUGUGCACACUGCUGUAUCCAAUCCAGUCAAGUACUUGGGGUUGACUGAGGAAUGACACAAAUCUAUUUAAUGAUUUAAACAUGCAUUUAAAUUAUACAUUACUGGAGGAUGAUUAUCAAAUCAGUUUGUUAAUUCAUAAGUGAAAUGUCAAUAAUGUUGACUUUAUUGAAUAAAUUAAUCCGAAUUAUUA